AUGCCUGAUUAUAGAUUGCUACCAGAAACUCUGGCUGAAAAUAUUACACAUUUUGAUCCAAAUGAAAUUUUCGAAAACUUACAUACUGCUUUACACGAUGAAGGUAAUGAUCAGGUCGAAGUGGUAGAGCAAUUCAAAUAUGAGCAAGAAUUAGAUAAAUCAUUGCUUUCCUUAUCAUCUGUCGUCGGUUUAGGUUUUGGUUUAAUGAGCCCUGUCCUAGGUAUGUGCACCAGUAUGUCCAUCGGUUUGAAAAAUGGUGGCCCUUUGACUAUUAUCAUGGGUUUCUUACUUUCAGGCAUCAGUAUUUGGUUCUGUUCAUUAUCACUAGGUGAAGUCGUAUCAAAAUUCCCAAUGGAAUUGCAUGGUAGCAGCGCGUUAUUAGCUCCUGAUAGUUUGAAAUUAAUUUGUUCAUGGUAUACUGGUUGGCUAAUGCUAAUUGGAAAUUGGACUAUGAGUACUAGUAUCACUUAUGCAGGCGCCCAAUUAACUAUUUCUCUAAUAUUAAUGAAUAAUUCAGAUCUAAUUUCAGAGGCAAAUUUAAUUUUUUUUACUGUCAUCGUAUUUUAUAUGGUCGUCACAAUCGUAGGAUUAGUUAAUUUGAAAUUUUCAAGAUUUAUAGAGAUUAUAAACAAAAUUUGUGUCCUAUGGAUCAUCUAUGCAAUCAUAUUUAUAGAUAUCCUACUUUUGAUUUUCCAUUCUGGGAAAUUCAGAUCUCUAAAAUACGCACUAUUCCAUUUUGAUAAUCACCUUUCUGGAUAUGGAAGCGGUGUAUUAUCCUUCAUUAUUGGAUUCCAACAAUCCAAUUUCACUUUACAAGGUUUUAGCAUGUUGCCUGCAUUGUCUGAAGAAGUUAAAAGACCAGAAAAUGAUAUUCCUCGUGGUAUGUCAAACGCCGUAUUACUUUCAACUUUGUCAGGUGUGAUAUUUUUAAUCCCAAUAUUGAUAAUUUUACCUGAUAUAGAUACACUUUUCACUGGGCAUAAAAUACUACCAAUUGUCAAUAUUUUCACUAAAUCAACAAAUUCAACGGUGGUUUCAAUUUUUUUGGUAUUAAUGAUUUUGGGAAAUCUAUUUUUUUCAGGAAUUGGUUCUAUAACCACUUCGUCACGUUCUGUUUAUAGUUUCAGUCGUGAUCGCGGCAUUCCAUACCACAAUUUGUGGACAUAUGUUGAUCCAUCUUCUGUUUCAAAAGUUCCAAAAUAUUCUAUUUGGUUAAGCAUGGCGAUAUCUUAUUUUCUAGGGUUAUUAGCAUUAUUCUCUACAGCUGCAUUUAAUGCCUUUAUUGGAGCUGCGGUGUUAUGUCUGUGUUCGGCGACUGUAAUUCCUUUAAUUUUAGUAUUAUUUUCAAGAAGGCGUGUUAUCCGUAAUGCACCAGUCAAAAUGAAAUACAAGCUAGGUUGGAUUGUGAACAUAAUUUCAGUUCUUUGGUUACUGUUGUCCAUGGUGUCAGUGUGUUUCCCUCCCCAAAUACCAGUCACCUUCCAAACUAUGAAUUAUGCGUUAAUUGUCUACAUCUUUUGUUUGAUAUCAAUUACUGUAUUAUAUUUUAAAUGGGGUAAGUACAAUUUCCAAUUGCCAUCUGUAGACGAAAUGAACAAGCCAAGAAAGUUAAAGAACGAAUCAAUCAACACCACCACCGCCGUCAACGGCAAUAACGUUUCAGGAUAUGUACCAUUACAAGAUCUAGAUUCUGACUCAAACACAGAAAGAUUAGAGCCUGCGACGAGUAACCCAUUCGAUGAUGAUUCAGCUACAGCAAUAGAUAAAGAUAGAGAUACAAUCAACUCUGAACAAAACAGCAGAGAACUAGACUUAGAAUUAGCUACAACUGAACCGAAUCCAUUCGAAGAGGAUGAAAGAAACAAAUGA